AUGACGUUUCAUACGCUUCUUCGAGCCAGGGCUCCCACAGCUCUGGCUCGAAGUGCUCUCGCGCCAUCGCGACAAUAUGCUCGCCUCUUAAGCACGACGCCUUAUCGCCGUUCUAAUGACUCCGACCUUAACAAAAUCUCCCGCAAUAUCACACAACCAAAAGCACAAGGCGCAUCGCAAGCUAUGCUUUAUGCGACAGGCCUCAAAGAUGAAGACUUAGCGAAGGCCCAAGUGGGUAUUUCCUCGGUAUGGUACGAAGGAAACCCGUGUAAUAUGCACUUAAUGGACCUAUCAGCCGUGGUAAAAGAAUCUGUCAAGCGGGCUGGACUUAUUCCUUACCGAUUUAACACAAUUGGCGUCUCGGAUGGUAUUUCUAUGGGUACGACGGGUAUGCGAUAUUCUUUACAAAGUAGAGAAAUCAUUGCCGACAGUAUCGAGACCGUUAUGCAGGGCCAAUGGUACGAUGCGAAUAUAUCUCUGCCCGGUUGCGACAAGAAUAUGCCUGGUGUCUUGAUAGCUAUGGGCCGGGUAAACCGACCUAGUAUCAUGGUCUACGGUGGCACCAUUAAGCCGGGUUGCAGCAUGGCUGGUGCGCCAAUCGAUAUCGUUAGCGCUUUCCAGGCAUAUGGUCAGUAUAUUUCGGGCGAGAUCACGGAGAAGCAGCGCUACGACAUCAUCCGACACGCGUGCCCCGGAAAGGGUGCAUGUGGUGGUAUGUACACAGCCAACACGAUGGCUACAGCCAUUGAGACGCUAGGUAUGACCUUACCAGGAAGCAGUAGCAGUCCUGCCGAAGACCCAAGCAAGAUUAAAGAAUGCGAGAAUAUUGGUGAAGCCAUUAAGAAUAUCAUGAAGGAGGAUAUUCGCCCGCGAGACAUCAUGACGAGGGAAGCUUUCGAAGAGGCCAUGGUUGUGGUCAACAUCCUCGGAGGCAGCACGAACGCCGUACUUCACUUAAUCGCCAUCGCCGACGCCGUUGGUAUCAAGCUCACCGUUGAUGACUUCCAAGCCGUAUCCGACAGAACACCCUUCUUAGCCGACCUGAAGCCCUCGGGUAAGUAUGUGAUGGAAGACAUGCACAAGAUCGGUGGCACCCCUGCGCUUCUCAAGUUCCUUAUCGGCCAGGGCAUUAUCAAGGGUAACGGUGUCACGGUAACGGGUAAGACGAUAAAGGAGAACGUCGAAUCUUGGCCCUCCCUCCCCGACGACCAGAAGAUCAUCCGACCAUUCGCCAAUCCCAUCAAGCCAACCGGCCACAUCCAAAUCCUUCGCGGCUCGCUCUCUCCCGGUGGCUCUGUCGGCAAGAUCACGGGUAAGGAAGGUCUAGUGUUCACGGGCAAGGCGCGCUGCUACGACCAAGAAGACGACUUCAUCGCGUCGCUCGAGCGCGGUGAGAUCAAGAAGGGCGAGAAGACCGUCGUCAUCAUCCGGUAUGAGGGCCCUAAGGGUGGGCCCGGCAUGCCUGAGAUGCUGAAGCCGUCCUCCGCCAUCAUGGGCUACGGUCUCGGCAACGACGUUGCACUACUCACGGACGGCCGGUUCUCCGGCGGCAGCCACGGUUUCCUGAUCGGCCACAUCACGCCCGAGGCCAGGGAGGGUGGCCCGAUCGGUCUUGUGAGGGACGGAGACACGGUUACGAUCGAUGCGGAAAAGCGCGUUAUUGACUGUGAUGUGAGCGACGAAGAGAUGGCGAAGCGAAAGGCCGAGUGGUCACCGCCUCCGCCUCGGUACUCCCAAGGCACGCUUACUAAGUACGCAGCUCUCGUCAGCGACGCGAGUCAUGGCUGCGUUACUACGGGGGUGACGGAAUAA